AUGUUGAUAAUUGGUACCGUAGCCAACACAGAAGAAGAAGUACGGGAAGCUUUCCGGGUUUUCGACCGUGCCGGAAAUGGUAUAAUUUCUGCGGCAGAACUUCGGCACAUUAUGACCAAUUUGGGCGAAAAGUUGACCCAAGAAGAAGUUGAUGAAAUGAUUAGAGAAGCCGAUAUCGAUGGCGAUGGACAGAUUAAUUAUGAAGAAUUCGUUACUAUGAUGAUGGCCAAAUAA